UACACUCGGCCAUGCGCGUGACCGGACGAGAGCUCCCGCCAGUCACAGGCGGCGAUACGAACAGUUGUUUUAUACCAAAGCCCGCUUCGACUCCGAAUCCACGCGCUAUUAUCGGUACAAUUAGUGCUACAUAUAGUUAUAUGGUUAUUACUAUCAGUGUGCAGUAAAACGACAUAUACCGGCAAAACGCGGAGGACACACAACGCGGCGUUUGUUUCCCUCCCUUGGAUUCGUUUUAUUUUUUUAUUUUUUAUUUUUUUCCGGUUUUUAGUGCAACAUCAGCGGCAGCAGUGCAAAUAUUUAAUUUCGUGGUGACGUUUGAAGCGCUCGAGAGCACCACCUCCUCGGAAGAAAGUCCAACGACUGCGGCGAAAGAGCGAGAGAGAGGAAUACGUGUGUGUAGUUGGUUAUCUGCCGCGCGCUGCCGAUCGUCGCCGCCGGUAGAGCUAAUACAAAGUAUAUAGUCGCCCGUACUUGCCGGGAAGACACUGCGCGCACUCGUCGAUUCGCGAGAGCCCGAACGUCAUGAGGUGAGGUGUCGGAGGAAGAAGAAGAAGAAGAAGCAGAACACGAGGAACGAGAGGAGGACGGAUCGCAGAAAACGAGCGAAAUAAUAAUAAUUAUAAUCGCAAAAAACGCGAGUGAGAGUGCGCGGCACUUCUAUUUUUAGGCGGACGAGUUUUUUCGCCUUUUCUUUCACACGUCUUUCGGUUUUUCUUUCCUCGGCCGAUAGAAAGACUCGUCUCGUGCUUGUUGUGUUCGCUUCGAUCGAAAAAAAACAAAAAAAAAAGUGCCGGCGUAUCGCAGCGAUGGGUGUGCAUCAUCAUGACCUUCUUCUCGUUGUUCUGCGCCUACACGAUCCGCGUGUGUCUGUCGAUCGCCAUAACCGAGAUGGUCGAGCCGCACAACGAGACCAGCAAGUUCCGCGACGACACCUGUCCCUCCGAGCCCGCGGUUGUCGGCAACGACACGAGGACGCACCACACGGUCGCCGCCAUCGCUGCAACGGCCAAGGGUGCCGGUGACCUCUACCAGUGGUCGGAAUAUACACAGGGCAUAGUCCUCUCCUCGUUCUACUGGGGCUACGUGAUAACCCACAUCCCCGGGGGCAUGAUAGCCGAAAAGUUCGGGGGCAAGUACACCCUCGGCUUUGGCAUCCUCGGCAACGCCAUCUUCACCAUCCUCACACCCCUGGGGGUCAAGUACGGCGGCGUGUGGACCCUCAUCUUCCUCCGGGUGAUGGUAGGCCUGGCCCAAGGAGCCGCCUAUCCCGCCCUGAACGUCAUGCUCUCGCACUGGUGCCCCAUCGAGGAGCGCUCCAAGGCCGGCUCGUUCGUCUACGCCGGGGCACCCCUUGGCACCGUCUUCGCCACCAUGACCUCGGGCCUCAUCCUCCGGUACAGCGAGGCCGGCUGGCCGGGGGUCUUCUACUUCUUCGGGGGCCUCAGCGUCCUCUGGUUCGUCAUCUGGGUCGUCUUUUGCUACAACGGGCCCCAGGAGCACCCCUUCAUCUCCGACGCCGAGGCCAAGUUCCUCCACGAGCAGCUCAGCCAGCACAAGCACAAAAAGGCCCCGGCCGUACCCUGGAGGCACGUCCUCACCUCCCUGCCCGUGUGGGCCCUCGUCGCCGCCAUGAUCGGCCACGGCUGGGGCUUCCUGACUCUCAUAAGCGACCUGCCCAAGUACAUGUCCAGCGUGAUGAAGUUCUCCAUCGAGAACAACGGCUACCUGUCCUCGCUGCCCUACCUGUGCAUGUGGCUCGGGAGCAUCGUCACCUCGUACGCGGCCGACUGGCUGAUCGUCAACAAGCACAUGAGCACGAAGAACGUGCGGAAGCUCGGCAACUCCAUAGCCUCGGUGGGCCCGGCCGUGUUCAUCGUGGGGGCGUCGUACGCGGGUUGCGACCGGGCCCUCGUAGUUGCCAUGAUAGCGAUCGGUAUGGCCCUUAUGGGCGCGGCGCUGCCGAGUAUGAAGGUCAACGGGCUGGACCUGUCGCCCAACUACGCGGGCUCCCUCAUGGCCGUGACCAAUGGGAUAGCCUCGUUCACGGGGAUACUCACGCCGUACAUCGUGGGGGUGCUCACGCCGAAUCAGACCCUCAGCGAGUGGAGGCUGGUCUAUUGGAUCAUCGGUGUGGUCUUUCUCGCGACGAAUUUUGUCUUUGUCGUGUGGGCCGAUGGGGACGUGCAGUUCUGGAACGACCCGGACUUUUUGAGGAAGGAGAAGAGCGACAGGAAAGCCAAGAAGGCCAAAGAGGCCGUGGAGCUGCUGGCCGUGCAGACCAAGUGAGCCGCCGGGUGGUGAAGUUUUGU